AUGGCAAAGAGAAUAUUCCCAGGGUCAGUUUCUUACUCUCCACAGGCAAUAUCAAAACCAUUAGUCGGUCUUGAACAUAGCGCACAACACAUACCAGCCCCUUGGGAACGGACUAAACCUGUAAGUCAGCACCAUUUACUUAUAGCUGCAUAUUUCGACGAAGCAUGGACGCAAAAAGUUCUUGCCGAUGAAAAAAUUGGAUUUCUUGCAAGGAGAUAUCUAUUAAACCCUCGAUUUGAGCCCACACUUCGAGAAAGAAUCCCCAAUAAGUACGCAUUUCGUAUGGAUUGGCUUUUGAAGCAACUUGCAGACGAGCAAGACAGUUUCUCGAUGGAUCCUUUCAAGGGCGAACCUGAAUACAAUGCCCAUGCAGAUACCGAAACUGUUACAAUAGUUGUCGAAGGAAGCAGGAGCAGUGCAUAUAUCCCGAUAAUAUCCCAGGCAUUCGUUGAGCUCAAAAGGUCCCUACUUCGUAAGGUCGAAAAGGAAUUUCCUCCAAGUAAGAUUGUUGGAAAGAAACCCGAGGGAUGGUUGCGCACUUGGUCAAAUCUCCCAGAGAGACCCUCAAAGCUUUUCUCUUUUCCAACGGGAGGACGCUCGAAUGAUGUUCUCAAUGAUCUAGGAGAUAUUAGAGCCAGGUUGGAAAGAAUUGGCCCUGCUCGAGUUAAUGGUUUCAAAUUGAUGCACUUCAAGGCCAAAGGCUCCACAAAGCAGCAUGAAGAGACCAUUAUUAAGUAUUAUCCGUUUAAGGAUUGUCUGGAGGACUAUCAAAAUCGCCCUCUCUACAAUUGA